UCCCCUCGUUCCCAAACCGAACGCAACAUCGUGAUGAUAAUAUAGGCGAAACAAAACAAAGACUUAAGAAGAAAAAAAAACCUCUCUCUCUAAAAAAAAAACCUCUUUUUUCUCUGUGUCUCUCUCUCUCUCUCUCUCUCUAAAAAGAAAAGCCCUUUGGUGGGUUGCCUUUUCUCUCUUGUGUGUGGGAAUGGAGUUAGACAAGGCGGCUCGUUUCAUGGAAGACCUGUUGUUGGACUUUGGGUCGGACAUAGGCGAGGAAGACGAAGAGGAUGACAAGAGAAGGAAAGUUUUGUGUCAGGAUGACCCGACGUCGUCGUCGUUUGGUGUUUUAUGCCCGGAAGAUCCUACGCGUGUGUCAACAGAGCUUGUAGAAGAAGAAUUGGAAUGGAUAUCUAACAAAGACUCAUUCCCAGCAGUGGAAUCAUUCAUUCUCUCGGAGGACCCAGGAACUACUCUCUCAAAGCACAACAGCCCAGUCUCUGUGCUUGAAAACAGCUCCAUCAGUAGCCACAGCAAUAGCAACAGCAACAGCAACAGCACGAACAGCAAUAGCAAUGGCAGCAGCAAAAACAACAACAAAACUCUUAUGAGCUGCUGCGGCGACAGCUUCAAAGUCCCCGGCCGCGCACGAAGUAAGCUGUGCCGGAGGCUGCGCCGUGAUAAUCAGCUUUUUUGGAGCCAACAGGCGGCCGCGGCCAACAAGAUUGCAAAAGCUGAAAAGGAAGUGUUGACGAUGAGAACUACUACGACGACUACUACUACUACUACUAUUACUACUACUACGACGACGACGAUUGGGAGGAAAUGUCAGCAUUGUGGAGCUGAAAAGACCCCGCAAUGGCGUGCCGGGCCUCUCGGGCCGAAAACACUGUGUAAUGCUUGUGGUGUGCGGUACAAGUCCGGGAGGCUGGUGCCUGAGUACCGCCCCGCAAGCAGCCCGACGUUCUCGCCCAAGAUGCAUUCGAAUUCGCACAGGAAGAUAGUAGAGAUGAGGAGGCAGAAGGGAAUGGGAACGGGAAUUGGGAUGGUGGUGAAGUCUGUGGAUAAAGGGUAGGAUUAGGUUACUGCUUUCUUUUUUCUUUUUUUAUUUCAUAUGUUAGCAUAGUUAGGAGUUAGGGGUUUGUUGUAAUGGGGGUUGGUUUAGAUGAUUAGGGAAAGUUCUUUGUUUCGAUGAAAGUCCAGUUAGGGGAAUUUUGACUUUAGUGUGUGUUUGGUUCUUUGUGCUAUAGACUAGAAAGCAAGAUAGUGUUCUUUGGUUUCUGGCUAAUUUAAUUCUUUUUCUCUA